AUGAAGUGGCGCGUGAAGAUAUUUGCUGCACUCGGUGGGUUUCUUUUUGGAUACGACACCAGUGUAAUAAAUGGCGCUCUCUUUCAAAUGAAGGAACAUUUCGAUUUUCCAGCACAUUCAUGGAUAUCCGGCCUCAUUGUCAGCAUUGCCAUAGCGGGGGCGUUCGUUGGCGCAUUUGCAUCCGGCUUCAUUUCAGUACGGUGGGGUCGACGGUCGUGCAUCGCCUUGGCUGAUAUAUUCUUCACUUUGGGCUCUAUCAUGAUGGCUUUUGCUCCUAAUGUGGAGGUGAUAUUUGUCGGACGCGCCAUUGUGGGUUUAGGCAUUGGUAUAUGCUCUGCAACAAUUCCAGUGUACUUGGCAGAAAUUACGUCAGCCGGUAACCGUGGGUCUAGCAUUGUGUUUAACAAUGUAUGUCUCACUGGGGCGCAAUUCAUUGCUUCAGUUGUAACCGCGCUGCUUGUGCAGUUCACCGGGACAAAUUUUGGCUGGCGUGUAGCUCUUGGUUUGGGCGCCGUUCCGUCGGUAAUACAGUUUGUCGGUUUGAUAUUCUUUCUCCCAGAAAGUCCGCGGUGGUACCUUGCUACUGGCAGAGUUGAGAAGGCACUGAAAACAUCUGAGAUGUAUGAUAUUGAUAUUGUCGAUUGUGCGGAAGGAGGGGGACUCGUUAUUGAUUAUCGUGCCCUCUUUUCAACGGUGAUGCGGCGACGACUACUAAUUGGUUGCAUGCUCCACAUAUUGCAGCAAACCUCAGGCAUUAAUACAAUUAUGUAUUAUAGUUCUGUGAUACUGUAUGACGCAGGUUUUAAAGAUCCUAAAACACCAGUAUUGUUGUCGAUUCCGCUCGCUGCAAUCAACACACUCUUCUCACUCUUCGGUGUCUUUACUGUUGAUCGCUGGGGUCGUCGUCUGCUACUUCAGAUUAGCGCAUGCGGUUGUUUCGUCGUUACGGUUGGUAUGACAGUUGUUGGUUUUAUGCUUGACAAACAAAUUCCAUACGAAAUCGGUGGUUGGAUAUUUCUUUCUCUACUUGGUUUCUACCUUGUGUUCUUUGCACCUGGUCUCGGUGCUAUGCCAUGGGUUGUCAUGGGGGAAAUAUUUCCCAACACGCUUCGUACAUCUGCGGCUUCUGUUGCAACAAUGUGCAAUUGGGGUUCGAAUGCUCUUGUUUCACAGGUGUUCCCAAUUGUUUUGGGAAGCAUAGGAGUUGGUGGAACCUUUAGUUUGCUAUGUGCAUGUAUCAUUGCCGCGGUAUUAUUCAUACAAUUCUUUGUGGUGGAAACAAAGGGGCUCACACUGGAGGAAAUUGAGGAAAUGUUCGACCCGAGAGCGCGCCACAGGGGGAGCGACGGUUCCCAAUGCAGUGAAAGUUGUAGCAAAACGGAAAGAGAAAAUGAAGGAGAGGGAACGGAUCAUGGAUUGAACCAAGCGGAAACCGCCCGUGCGCCCAUUUAG